UUGUUUCUGAUGUAGGAGUGCGCUAGUGUCAGCGCCCAGGAAUGUUGGUUCAUACUCUCGAUAAAUUCUCAUCGGUACCUAAAGAUAUGAAUUAAAUCCUAUAAUAUUAUUCUGGGUAUAGACUGCAGUUAUAUUUUAAGAGUUUAUAAGUAUUAAAAUUAUUUGAGUAUAUAAGUUGUUUUUUGAUCCAUUAAUUAAAUGAGCAUCAGCAAGUGUUUGUGUUUGAAAACGUAAGGUAGAGGAUAACCGCAAGUGACUCGUCCGUUGAAGCGACAGAAAUCCAAAAAAUGUGGUUUUUAAUAUUUUUGUUAUUGGCACCAAUAAAUUGCCAAUUUUCACAAAACGAAUAUGAAACAUCAUCAAAAUCACCGUGGAACAAUCGGUAUGAUGAUUUAAUUAAUACAAGGGAUCAAAACCCAGGAUUUUCAUUUCCACGAGCGAAUGAAAAUGUGAUAUUCAAAGAAGCAACUUACUUUGUUGUGGCAUCUCGCUUGUGUCGACCGGGACAAAUAUACCGAUUGGCAGUUGAUGUUCUCCAUAGUGCGCUACCGAUGACAGUUCGAGCGUCAAUUCAACGUGAUGGUGUUGAAGUGGGAUCUGAUUAUAAAGAAAUAAAAGAAGGUAUUCCGGAAAAUUUAAUGAUAAAAAUACCUCAUGAAAAAAAUCAAGCUCAAUACAAACUUCGAGUGGAGGGUCUUUAUAACGGCUUAACUGGAGGGCAAGCCUUUUUUAACGAAACCAAACUCGUAUAUUCUCAACGAACUAUGACAAUAUUUAUUCAAAUGGACAAGCCAGUUUAUAUGCAAGGUCAAACAGUACGAUUUAGAGCAGUACCAAUAAAUACUGAAUCAAAAGCUAUAAUUGAACCUGUUGAUAUUUUUAUGCAAGAUCCGCAAGGGCGUAUUAUGCGACGAUGGCUCAGUCAACAAAGUAAUCUUGGUACAGUUUCUAUGAAAUAUCAGUUGUCUGAUCAGCCGAUUUUUGGUGAUUGGCAAAUUGUUGUUAAAACUGAAGGACAAAUAGAAACUAAAAAUUUUACAGUGGAAGAAUAUUAUCAGACACGUUUUGAAGUUAAUGUGACAAUGCCUGCCUUUUUCUUUGAUAGAGAUCAAUAUCUUCAUGGAGUAAUUCAAGCAAAUUAUACAUCAGGUGCACCAGUAAAGGGAAAUUUGACUAUUAAAGCUAUAGUAAAGCCACUAAAUGCGUAUCGAUCAUCACAAUUAUCAUCUUCAGAAUUUUAUUUUACUUUCAAUGAAUAUUAUCCAGCUUGGUUUAAACAGCCAGAAGAUUAUAGAGAUUAUCAGGUUAUGAGAUUUUUCAAUGGUACUUACAGAUUCCAGUGGCCAAUGCAGGAAAUUUUAACACGGUCAUCUAUUAAUGAAGGAAUAGAAGUACAUAUUGUUGCAACGGUAGGUGAAAGCUUUUUAAAUGAAGUUAUUGUUGGUCAUUCAACUGCUAGAAUAUUCAACUCUACUGUACGAAUACAUUUUUCUGGAGGUUCACCUCAAGUAUUUAAACCAGCUAUGCCAUACUCAUUGAAUAUUGUUGCUUCAUAUCAUGAUGGUUCAGCACUAUCCAAGUAUAAAUUGGAGCACACAUUGAUGGAAGUACGUGCGGAUGUUGAAUCUAAAAGCGGAAGUCAUAGAACUAUAGAUUUUCCAAAUCUUCACGUUUCUUCAGAUCACGACGCUGUGUGGCCGAUGAAAAUCGACUUAAGACAUCAAUUAGGAUUUGACAAUCCUAAACAGAUUCAACAAAUUCUCAAUGAUGUCAAGUCAGUCAGAAUACAUGCUUCAUUUCUUGAUGGGGAAGGAGAAAGAGCUAAUACUGAAUUACUUCUUUUGGCUCAUGACUCUCCUGAAAAUAAACAUAUCAAAUUAUCAACAUCGACAAAGCAUCCAAAAGUUGGGGAAUACUUGGUACUACACGUUCAAACAAAUUACUAUAUAGAAACAUUUAAUUACAUUAUAAUGUCUAAAGGAACAAUACUUUUAACUGGUCAAGAUAUUAUGGAACCAAAUAUUAGAACAUUUUCUAUUCCAUUGAGUUCAGAAAUGGCACCUGUUGUUACUGCUGUCGUUUAUCAUGUUGGUAGAUACGGUCAAGUUGUUGCGGAUUCUUUAACUAUACCCGUGAACGGUAUUUCUGGUAAUAACUUUACUGUUUUCAUUAACAAUAAAAAAGCAAAGACAGGUGAAAAAGUAGAAGUAGCAAUUUAUGGUGAACCAGGUUCCUACGUUGGGUUAUCAGGAACUGAUCGUGCUUUUUAUUCAAUGCAAGCUGGCAAUGAGCUUACUUACGCAAAUGUAAUUUCUAAAAUGUCAUAUUUUGGUGAAGAUACAAAUGGCACUCAUACUCACUCAUGGGUCUUCCACAGUGGUGAUCCCGACGAGGCCGUUUUCUUUCCAUCAUCAAGCUUUGGAAUUGACGUUAAUCGAACAUUCGACUACAUUGGAUUAGUUGUAUUUACAGAUGCUAAUAUUCAUCGAAGACCGGAAAAUUGUAAUCGGACACAAGGACGUGCGGAAUGUUUGAGUGGACAAUGUUACAGGAUUGAAAAACAGUGUGACGGUUUCUUUGACUGUGAUGAUCGUACCGAUGAAGCCAGAUGUAAAACUGGUAAUUUAACAGACUUGAAUCUCUUCCGUAAAAAUCGAUUCAACAGAAUCCAGCGACAGUAUGAAAAUGUUUGGCUAUGGAAAGAUAUCAAUAUUGGUCCCCAUGGUCGUUACAUAUUUAAUAUUGAUGUGCCACGUAGACCUGUACAUUGGAUGGUAACUGCUUUCAGUAUGAGCCCAACAAAAGGUUUUGGUAUGUUACCAAAAGCAAUUGAAUACACUGGUGUAUUACCUUUCUUUAUCAAUGUUGAAAUGCCAAAUCACUGUCGUCAAGGUGAACAAGUUGGUGUAAGAGUAUCUGUAUUUAAUUAUUUAUCAUACAACAUCGAGGCGACGGUGGUUUUAGCUGAUUCACGUGAUUAUAAAUUUGUUCACGUAGAAGAAGAUGGUAUAGUUAGAUCAUACAACCCAAGAACAACAUUUGGAGAGCAUCAAUUCUUUAUUUGGAUCCCUGCUCAAGAUGCAGUGGUUGUAUAUCUUCCAAUUGUACCCGUUCGUUUAGGUGAUAUUAAAGUUAAGGUUUAUGCACUGACAAUAAUAGGCAAAGACACGGUUGAACGUACUAUUCACGUUGAGUCUGACGGACUUCCUCAGUAUCGACAUCAAUCAGUUUUAUUAGAUUUGAGUACUCGAGGUUCAGCUUUACGCUUUAUGCAUGUAAAUCUAACAGUAACACCAGAAGUUACUUAUGCAGAAGAUCGUUACUACGUAUAUGGUUCAAAUAAAGCAAAAAUAAGUGUUGUGGGUGAUGUAGUUGGUCCUAUUUUUCCUACGAUGCCAGUAAAUUCAACAAGUUUAUUAGGACUUCCCAUGGAUUGUGCUGAACAAAAUAUGUUCAGUUUUGCUAUCCACAUGUAUACAACUCUUCAUUUGAGAUACAUAAAUCAAAGGAAUUUGAAACAAGAAAGAAUAAGCUUUAAUUUCAUGAAUGUUGCAUAUCAACGACAAUUAUCAUUUAUGAAUCCUAAUGGAUCUUUUAGUUUAUUCAGAAGUGAUUGGAAUCAAUCAGCAUCUAGCGUAUGGCUUACAGCUUUCUGUGCUCGUAUUUUCCAAGAAGCAAAUUUUGCUGAGUGGGAAAAUUAUAUUUAUAUUGAUCCAAAAGUUAUUGAAGCUUCUGUUAGUUGGCUUUUAAAUUAUCAAUCACCAGAAGGAGCAUUUUAUGAAAUAACCUGGUUACCGGAUAGAAAAGUCAACACGUCAUAUAUUGAUGAAUUUGAUUACAUACGACAUAGAAAUAUUAGUCUUACUGCUCAUGUCGUGAUGACACUAGUUGCAGUGAAAGAUAUAUCAGGAGAACUUGGUACUAGGAUUGCAUUGAGUCAAGCCAAAGCAGUAAGAUGGCUUGAAAUAAACUUAAAUCAUGUAAAUAAACACGGGUCACCUUAUGAAAUUGCUAUUGUUGCUUAUGCUCUCUCCCUUGCUAAAUCUCCUAGUUCAGAGAUGGCAUUUAAUAUGCUAAAUCAACGGCAAAUUCAAGAAGAAGAAUUUCUGUACUGGGCUCGUCAGCGUCUUCCACCAUUACCUACUAAGUCAGAAAACAACAGGCCCUAUGGUUUACCAAGAUUACCAUACGCCUAUGAUUCAGAAAACAUUGAAACUUCUGCGUAUGCUCUUUUACUAUACGUUGAACGAAGUCAAGAUUAUAAGGCCGAUGGAAUAGUCAAAUGGUUAAAUUCACAACGACUUACUGACGGUGGUUGGGCAUCAACUCAAGACACCAUGUGGGCAAUGAAGGCUCUAAUGAAGUAUACGUCUGCAUCAAGGCUUCGUGAAGUUACUGAAUUAACUGUUAAAGUCGAACCAACAGCUUUAAAAGGAGGUGUUAAAAGAUUUAAUAUUAAUAAUAAAAAUAUUGCCAAGUUGCAGAGCUUUGAAGUACCUGAAGCAUGGGGAACAGUACAAUUUGAUAUUACAGGAUCUGGAUAUAUAAUUGUUCAAAUGUCAGUGCAAUAUAAUGUUGAUUUGAAAAAAUUCCAAACAGAGCCACCAGUAAAAGCAUUCGAUUUGGUUGUCAGACACAAUUCUUACGGAAGAAAUCAGUCUCACAUUAAUUAUCUUAGUUGUCAAAGGUGGACUAACUUCAAUGAGUCUGAAAGAUCUGGAAUGGCUAUAUUGGAUGUAACGAUACCAACGGGUUAUAUUAUUCAACAACAAAAUUUGGAUGCAUAUGUUCGAGCGAGAGAAGUAAGAAAUUUACAACGAGCGCGAUUUGCAGAGCAAAAGGUUUUGUUUUAUUUUGACUAUUUGGAUAACGAAGAAACUUGUGUGAAUUUUACAAUUGAGAGGUGGUAUCCUGUCGCAAAUAUGUCACGUUAUUUAGCGGUUAGAGUUUAUGAUUAUUAUGCUCCUGAACGUUUUAAUGAAACUAUAUUUGAUGCAUUGUCAACAUAUCUUUUGAACAUCUGCGAAGUUUGUGGUAGCUCACAAUGUCCAUAUUGUCCAAUUUAUAAUGCUGCCAUGACAUUGUCUACACCUGCAGUAUUUAUGAUUAUAAUUUCAGUUAUUCUCACGACUGUAAGAUAUCUUAAAACACAAGAAUUUAGUGUUGGGUAGUCUACUAAAUUAUUGUUUUUUUAUUUUAAAUUAAGGAUGAGUACAAAAGAAAUUUAUUAAUCAUCCGCAAUCAAAAUUUGAAAAAAUUUAAUUAUGUAACGUCAUUGAUGUUAAAAUGUAUACCGAAGUUGCCUUCUUAAAACUAAAAAAUAUUUAAUGUUAGUUUUUAAAUUAUUUUUUUAACUAAAGAAAAUGAUAAAUAUUAGU